AUGAACACAUUCAAGGCUGGAGACAAUGUUUUUUUUCAACAUCCAGAGCACUCCUGGCUAUGUGGUGUUAUCAAAGCUAUCACAAAAGGUGGAAUAGUUUGUGUCACAAAAGAUCCAUUGAGAAAAGAAGUCAUUCAAGGCGAAUUGAUUACAGUAAAAACGCCGGAGGAGGUAGUGCCGCUUCAUGAAGAAUAUCUUCUUGACGCACCAGACGACCUACUUGACCUUACCAUUCUCCAUGAAUCAUCUUUACUUAGGUGCUUUUACCUGCGUUACAUGAACGAUGUGAUCUAUACUAAUAUCGGUGGUAUAGUGGUGGCGUUAAAUCCGUUUACGUUUGCUGUCCCAUGGUAUAAGGAUACUCAAAUUCGGAAUUAUUUAGAUGCGGGACGUAAUUUGAGCGGAGCGAGUAUCCCCUCAAACUUGAUGCCGCACUCGUGGGCUCAAGCUCACGUUGCGUACUAUGAAAUGGUGGAUAGUAAUGAAAAUCAAUGCAUUAUUGUUUCUGGUGAAUCUGGAGCCGGGAAGACAGAAGCAAUAAAAUUAGUGUUAAAGUAUUUGGGUAUUGUGUCAUCACUGAGUGAAACAAAAGAGGAACAAGAAGCUGCUUUACACGUAGGAAAAAAGUUAAUUGCUUGUUCACCUAUUUUGGAGUGCUUUGGGAACGCAAAAACUGUGAUAAACGACAAUAGCUCUCGGUUUGGUAAAUUUAUGAAAGUGAAGUUUAGCGCCAAACAUCGUCUCGUUGGCGCUGAAACAACUAAGUACCUUCUUGAAAAAAGUCGAAUAAUAUCUGCUGCUCAAGGAGAGCGUGUAUACCACUCAUUUUACCUCUUAGCACGCGCGAAAGCGAGUACGGCACGUGUUCUUGGUCUUGAAUAUGAGAAGGAAUAUGCUUCACUUUAUUCAGGGGGCAUAAUGAACAACACCAAAUAUGACACCGAAAAUGAUUUUGACCACGUCUCUAAAGCUAUGCGUUUGGUUGGAAUGACAGACGGUGAAAUUGCCUCUGUCUGGCGUGUUACGGCAGCUGUCACGUCAUUGAUUAAUAUUCGAUUUCUUCCAGAAGAACAUGGCUGCUCUAUUGAUUUAAAAACCAUGAAAUACCUUAGAAAGGCUAUUCAAUUGCUUGAUAUAAAUGAAGAUGGUUUGGUGCAUGAGUUUCUCACGAGUACUCGUGUUUGUCCUGGCAAUGUAUGGACUUCAAAGGCAAACGAUGUUGCGGCUGCCGUCGAUAUUCGCGAUGCGAUGUGUAAGCAUUUGUACGAUGGUGUAUUUGGUUGGAUUGUGGAUCGGUGCAAUGACUUAUGUGAUAUAGAGAAUGAUGGCAAUUGGAUUGGGUUGCUGGAUAUUUUUGGAUUUGAGAACUUAAAAAUCAACUCCUUUGAACAACUUUGCAUCAAUUUGAUGAAUGAACACCUUCAGUAUCACUACAACUUGCUUAUGUUUCAGCGGGAUAUGGAUGAAUGUAGAAUGGAAGGGGUGGAUGUGACGAAGGUCAAGUUUGCUGACAACAUUGGGUGUUUAAAAAUGCUUACCGCCCAGGGUGGUAUUUUUCCUCUUCUAGAUGAAUGUUGUUGGCGUGGAAGGGGAACAGACCUUGGAUUUUUGGAAAAAGUGAUGCAUACGCAUAAAUCAAACAUUUUUUUCAAUAGAAAACUCGCUUCUGGUGAAACGUUUUGUGUGCGUCAUUAUGCAGCGCAGGUCACAUAUAAUGUCAUUGGAUGGAUUGAUAAAAAUCGAGACAACCUUAAAGACUCUAUCAAGUCACUUGUCCGAGGUAGUGGGGAUAGUGUAAUUGCUCGCUGUCUUCCAGCGCCUGUUCCUCCGUCGGAGCGAAGAGGAGGAAAAGAAUUUACCGUGAGUGGAUUCUUUCGUAAUCAGUUGAUGGCUCUUAUGGAUUUGAUUGGUAGCACCAAUCCUCAUUGGAUUCGCUGUAUUAAGCCUCAUCCUGAUAGAAAACCCAGCAUGUUUUGCGGCAGAGAAGUCAUGAAACAGCUAGAGUCAAGUGGUGUACUUGGCACCGUGAAGAUGCGAAAAAACGGAUACCCAGUACGUAUUCCGCGGGAUUUGUUCUGUCGAGAGUAUCGAAUGUGCACUUCUGUAGGUGCGACAGACGAAAAGGCAUUCAUACAAAGCGUACUUCAGCUGGCACGCGUGUACAUGCCUGCUCAGGCCCAAAUCGGCAAAAGCAAAAUAUUUCUUAAAACAGAGGGUUUUAACUUACUGGAAAAGUUGAGGAACCAGCACCUGUUUCGUGCAGCACUGAUCGUUCAACGGAUCGCUCGCGGAUAUCUCACUCGGACUAAAGCUUAUACUCUCUUCGCCGUGCUUAACAACGCUGAACUCUUUUGGCAAACGUUGGGGGGAACUGUGGCAGACCUGCAUGGGAAAGAGGUACAUAGUCGACAUUUAUGCGAGCUUGAGGAAGACCAAGCUUGGAGCACACUAAAAAAGUUGGAAUACGAAAGACGACUUUACCAAGAGACGAUUGAAGCUGCAGAACGGGAACGUGGUGUGGAGGAAGAGGCGAGACGCUUGAGAGAGGUGCGUCACAGAGCCGCUAUUUGUAUUCAGCGCCACGUUCGAGGAUGUCUUGUGCGCAUUCAAUGGUAUCGAAAGCUUUUGGAGGAGAGACGCGCCGCUUUGGAAUCUGAGCGUGAGCUGGCGUGUAUGGCAGAACGAGCGGAAAUGCAGGCUCUUGACACCCAGCGUAUUACCGAUGAAAAGUCAUGGCUGCAGUGGCUUAACACCGUAGAUUCCCUUCGGCGUCAGAAACAAGAGGACGAACAAAGGUUGUUGGAGAAGACGUCACAGAAAACUCGGAUUAGGAUUCGAGAAUUAGUGCGCAAGGAGGAUGAAAUGCGGCUAAAGAUCGAGCUUCACGAAAGUGAUGCGCGUUUUGCUUUAUUUUCGCACCAUCAGUAUCUUACUGCCUAUUACAUGAAGUCUGAGGCUGAGCGACGCCGACGGGUGGAGAAGUUACAAGUAAAGGGCACAGGUACCUUUUGUCCACGGCUCAAGGGAAUACAAACCAGGGGUGAGCGAAGUGCGGCCUCUGACGCACGCAUGCAAAAGACACUUGCCGAGUAUGCGCUUUCCCGGGUUCGUUCAGACUCUGAAAGGCAAGAGUGUCAAAACGCUGGUCUUGCACCCGAUUGCCUAUCACCCAGCACCUCCAAGGAAAGUUUAAUUUUUUGUCAGGUACAAAAAAAGUGGCUCCGGCAGCAGGAAUGGAUGAAUCUCAAAGAAGUGGGCCAACAACCAGCAAGGAAUCCUUCCGCAUUUUCCAUGUUGUCAAGUGCAGAUGACGGUGAAUUUAGUGGUCCAUAUCGAACGAUUGAGGCUUCGCUACACUCCUUGUCGCCGUUAAAGCAUGGAUCAUCGUAUUCUGCACGGCUUUCAACGAGUGGACUAGACAGCAGGGGUAAAAAGGAGUCUUCGCAAAUCUCGUAUGAAGCUGAAUGGAGAAGGAAUAAAAAGGACAAUUCCAUUGAUUGGGAUAGCGUCUUUGGAGCCUAG